GAUUUGGUGAACCGAGGAGAGACAGACAGGGGAGAGGGACCAUGGCUGCUCUCUCUGCCUUGCUGAAGACCUGGGUCCUCCUGCAGACCUUGUGCCUGGCUCUGGCCCAAGUGCGGGGUCCACCUGGACCUCAGGGCCAGCCCGGUCCAGCGGGCCCCUCUGGGACCCCCGGGUCAGACGGCAUUGAUGGAGACAAAGGACCUCCUGGGUCCCCUGGUCCACCAGGACUAAAGGGAGAGCCAGGAGAGCCAGGUCCCGACGGAGCUCCAGGAGAGAACGGCAUCGAUGGUUUGAUUGGAGCAAAGGGGGAUCGAGGAGCUGUUGGGAGUCCUGGCCCUAAGGGCCAACCUGGGCCAAGUGGCGAGCCUGGAGCUCCUGGACCCGGCCUUCCAGGACUGGCUGGCGCUCCAGGGCCAAUCGGUCUUCCAGGUGAGAUUGGAGCAACUGGACCAAAGGGUGGCAUGGGAGCAGCUGGACCUUCAGGACUUCCCGGACCUCCAGGCAAGCCAGGUCCUCCAGGGAAGUUCAUCGGUGGAGAAGAGGGCAGUGCAGACUUCCAGUGUCCUCUUAACUGUCCAGCGGGACCUAAAGGCCCUCAGGGUCUGCAGGGAGUGAAGGGACAUAAAGGACGCGCUGGUAUCCUCGGAGAUGCUGGCAGCAUUGGAAAAUCGGGCCCCAAGGGGGAAGUGGGGAUCUCUGGGGAGCAGGGCAUCCCUGGACCUCCGGGUCCGAUGGGUCUGAGAGGCUAUCCAGGAAUGAUGGGACCUAAAGGGGAAGCAGGGCCUCGCGGCUACAAGGGCAUCAACGGACCUGUAGGACUUCCUGGGCCUCCUGGUGAGGAGGGACCUCAGGGACCGCCCGGAGAGGCAGGAGACAAGGGAGACAAAGGCAGCCGAGGCAUCCAGGGCCCACAGGGGGCGGUUGGCAAGAAGGGAGAGAAUGGUCUGCCGGGUAUUGAUGGGAAAGACGGCACACCUGGUAUUCCUGGAAUCAAGGGCGGGCCCGGCCAGGCUGGGAUGCCUGGUCCUCCUGGUCCUCAGGGAGCAGCGGGAUUGCCUGGCAGCCCGGGGUCAAAAGGUGGACCUGGAGCUAAGGGCGAGCCUGGACCGAGGGGUCACAGUGGCACGGCUGGAGCCCCCGGACCCCUGGGGGAGCCUGGUCUUCCUGGUGAGGCUGGUAUGGAAGGAGUUCCUGGACCAAAGGGGGACCGAGGCCAGCGGGGACCCAGUGGGCCAGUGGGAGUUGUCGGCAAGGCUGGAAACAAAGGAGAGAGAGGACCGACCGGGGUCCCAGGAGCCCAGGGCCUCAGUGGGACCAAGGGGGACAAGGGCUUCCAAGGAAAAGUGGGGUCAAAGGGAGACGAUGGUGACCCCGGUGUUGAGGGAUUGGGUGGCGAGAAAGGUGAAAAGGGUCUGUCUGGGGAGCCCGGGCCUAAAGGACAGCAAGGAAUCAGGGGUGACCAGGGACACAACGGACCCACUGGGGACCCUGGUAAACCUGGAGACCAGGGACCACCUGGACUGCCGGGACCUCGGGGACUCAACGGGGAGCGAGGAGUCCCCGGCAUGCCGGGCAUCCAGGGAUCAUCAGGCCGUGAUGCAUCUGACCAGCACAUUAUUGAAGUGGUGUUGAAGAUGUUGCAGGAGCGGCUAGCUGCGGUGGCGGUGAGCGCCAAGCGGGCCGUGCUGGGUGGAGCCGGGGUGAUGGGACCCCCCGGGCCCCCUGGACCUCCGGGGUCAGCUGGCCCUCAGGGGCCACAUGGCUUACCUGGGGCUCGGGGUAUUCCUGGCAUGAUCGGAGCACCGGGACAGAUCGGAAACACGGGACUGAAAGGAAAGAGAGGUGCAAAGGGAGAGAGAGGAGAUCCUGGUAAACCCCACCCAGGACUACCAGGACCCCCAGGGAUACCAGGUCCUCCUGGUGUCGAUGGGGUGGCGAGGGACGGACGGCACGGCGAGAGAGGACCUCAGGGAUCGGCCGGAGAGGCCGGUCACCCCGGUAAGGCGGGUUCUCCGGGUCUACCAGGCUUCUGUGAGACCGCCAUGUGUCUGGCUGCGUCAGCGUACACCUCCCCCAGACUACAGGAGGCAGGAACCAUCAAAGGACCCGGUGUUUAGAGACCUGCCUCCAUCAGCAGGCACAUCACCUGGGAGAGAGGGAGGAGAAGAAGAAGAAAGAAAGAGAGAGAGAAGGAGAGAGACCACUCUUCUCUGCAGGACAACAUCCAGAAGGAGGGGUGGGGGACAAUAACUGGAUGUAGAGCCCCCUCCUCAAACUGACAACCUGAAGUUCUGACUGGUGGGACACACUCUGAUCUUAAUCCCCCCACAUCACCAUGACAACAGCAGCUCACAGCCACCCACAUCCUCCUGAAUCCUCUAGUGUUUUUGGAUGAUGUCAGUGUCAGUCCCAUCCAAAUAUCCAGCCCUGCUCCAGCACAAAGAGAGAGGAACAGAUUUCUAUUGCGUCUCCACCACAAUAACAGUAUCUGAGCUGAGAGGAGCUGAACCAAGCGUGGUAAAGGUGCUUUUCCCGUCACACCGUGGUCACUUUAUAUGGUUUUAUAUAUGCAGUAUUGUGUUUGAGACGUGUUGUGAAGUCUGAAUGCCAUGCCUCUCUUGCGACAUCACACCUGAUGCAUUAAAAGUGUACAAAAAGGACCAAUAAAUGAUUGAAACUGAAACUCCGUACUGUACUGUAUUGUAAAAUGUACCUUCAGCUCUAGUGAAGUCCCUGGUUUACCUCAUGUGUACAUUGCCCCCCUCCCCUCCCCCCCUCCACGUCCCCGCUUUCUUCCCAAGUCUCAUUUUAGAAACUAACGACUAGCUUGAUCUCGUCCUCUUGUUGCCUGGCAACAGCAUAUCCCAAUGGGCACUCCCAUCUCCCACAAUGCAGUGCUGUAAAUCUUUGUAAAUGUGUGUUGAUUAUUAUGUAGAGAAAAAGGAAUGGGUUACGAUAUGCACCAACAGAAAUCCUGUGUUAAUGAAUUCAGUGAGUAAUAAAAAGUUCAGACAGAAAUAACGACUUUUUCUCAAGACGAAUCGGGCCGAAUGUGCUUCCUAUGCCACUGUCAACUUUCCACAGGGUGUCGGCUAUUUAAUGACUGAUUUAUUUUCAUCGACAGAAUCUAUUUAUUGUUCUUUAUAUAAUCAUCUGUAAAGAAGGUUUUUUUUCUGGCUGUUCAGGUCAACCCAAACCAAUAAAGAGGAACCUUUUAUAAAACCUAA